CGAUGAGCGAAGGUCCAGACAUUGUUCUAUUAAAAUAAAAACCAAAAUAAGUUGUAAGAAAUGAAAAGGUUAUGCUAUUUGUAAAAGUGACAAGUGUUCUUUAUAAUUUUUAUUAUGUAUGAGUUAUAAUUCUGGCUUUCGUCAUAAAGCCACAUAUGAAAAUAAUUACUUGAAGAACCUUUAAAAACUGUUCCUUUUUCGUAAUAUUGCAAAAUUACAAUGUGGAUACUUCAGUACUUCAGUUAACUACAGAACCCUAAAAAUCUCAUUCACAGUUCACUCACUCGAUCUACUGUCACUGUCAGUCAGUCAAAUCAAAUUUAUUCAAAUCAAUCUCAAUCAUAAUAUUGUUGAUACUUGGUCUUUGAUUGAAAACGUUAAAUAAAAACCAAACAAAACUUAGCGGAUCGCGGAUUAUUCCAAAAAGUAAACAGGUUUAAGAAGUUACUAGAAGACUUACUUCUUCGAAAAUGAGUCAAAGGAGAAGCAACAGACCAGCAGUGACUGAAGAAGAAGACGAUCCUACUCUAGAUAGAGCAAUAAAUGAAUGUGUGCGGUAUAUAUUUUGCCGGGAAGGAAGUAAAAUCCCCUUCAAACGAGCUGAAAUAGCUAAACAUUUAAAUACUACGUGCCAGACAAACGCUGGUGACGUUAACAGUGUCAUAUCGCGUGCAAAUACGAUCCUGAAACGGGUUUAUGGGUAUAAGUUGGUGCAAGUCUUAAGUAAGAGCGGGACACAGAUGAUAGUGAUACUGAACAAGGAGUGUGAGUCGUUACCAGCCAGCGUCACAGACCCCUUGCAACGGAGGAUACUUAUCGCUGCUCUUACUCACAUCUAUAUGACCGGAGGACCUGUUAAAGAAGAUGACAUGUGGAAAUUUCUAGAAGAAGCGGGAUUAUUAGAAGAAACCAACCAUAAUGGUCGGAAGUUACUUACACAUACAUUCACAAAACAGAUGUAUUUGUUAUACUAUAAGGAAGGCGAAGGUGAGUUGGCUCGACACGUGUUUGAGUGGGGCCAGAGGGCGACCGAAGAACUCCCGAAGUUAUUUAUACUGAAUAAAGUGGCAGAGGCUUUCGGCAAAACCCCAGAACAUUGGUAUGAACAGUAUAGAGGAGCAACAGAAGCGAUGGAGUCGUAGUCUUAUUUUAAUUACUUUUAUUAAUAAAUAAAUAAUAAAUAUGUUUAAGUACCUA